GAGAGGCCGCGAGUCCUCCCCAGCCUCCCGGCGGCCUCUCGGGAUGCCCCUGCAGGUUAGCGAUUACAGCUGGCAGCAGACCAAGACUGCGGUGUUCAUCUCUGUGCCCCUCCGAGGCGUCAGCGUCCGGGACGCGGACGUGUUCUGCACGGAAAACUAUUUGAAGGUGAACUGUCCUCCAUUUUUAUUUGAGGUGUUUCUCUAUGCUCCCAUAGACGAUGAGAGCAGCAAAGCCAAAAUUGGGAAUGACACUAUUGUUUUCACCUUACACAAAAAAGAAGCCGCCAUGUGGGAGACCCUUUCUCUGUCGGGUGUUGACAAAGAGAUGAUGCAAAGAAUGAGGGAGAAAUCUAUCCUACAAGCACAAGAAAGAGCAAAAGAAGCUACAGAAGCAAAAGCUGUGGCAAGGCGGGAAGAUCAAAAAUAUACACUAAAUGUCAUGAUGAAGAUUGAAGAAGAAGAGAGGAAAAAAAUAGAAGAUAUGAAAGAAAAUGAACGGAUAAAAGCAACUAAAGAAUUGGAAGCCUGGAAAGAACGUCAGAGAGAAGCUGAAGAGCAUGAAAGAAUUCAGAGAGUAGAAAAAUUAUAUCAACAAGAAAAGCAAAUUGAAGAAGAGAGAAAAAAAUUAAAACAUAAAAGUCUUACUAGGAAUUCAGCAUCUAGAAAUCUUGCCACAAAAGGGAGAAAUUCAGAAAAUAUAUUUUUUGGGAAGUUAAAGGAAGACAGUAUUCCUGCUCCUCGCUCUGUUGGCAGUAUUAAAAUCAAUUUUACCCCUCGAGUAUUCCCAACUGCUCUCCGGGAAUCACAAGUGGCAGAAGAAGAGGAGUGGCUACAUAAACAAGCAGAGGCACGAAGAGCGAUGAAUACUGAUAUUCCUGAACUUUGUGAUUUAAAAGAGGAGGAAAAGAACCCAGAAUGGUUGAAGGACAAAGGAAACAAAUUGUUUGCAACAGAAAAUUAUUUGGCAGCUAUUAAUGCAUACAACUUAGCCAUAAGACUAAAUAAUAAAAUUCCAUUACUAUAUUUGAAUCGGGCUGCUUGCCAUCUAAAACUGAAAAACUUACACAAGGCCAUCGAAGAUUCUUCUAAGGCACUAGAAUUACUGACACCACCUGUUGCAGACAAUGCUAAUGCAAGAGUGAAGGCGCAUGUACGACGUGGAACAGCAUUCUGUCAACUAGAAUUGUAUGUAGAAGGCCUACAGGAUUAUGAAGCUGCCCUUAAGAUUGAUCCAUCCAACAACAUUGUACAAAAUGAUGCUGAGAAGAUUCGGAAUAUAAUUCAAGGAACAGAACUAAAAUCUUAAUGACUACUAGAAGCAACUAGGUAUUGUACUAGGGACCCCCCUACCCCAUCUGCUUACGCAAGGAUGAAGCCUAGAUGAAAAAGUGGUGCAGAGGAGCCUAUUCAGAGUUUGGUCAAGGAGAGACCACUUGCCAUUGGCAAGCCAGGUUCUUUCCAACAAACCUCAUUAUGUGGAGAAUAAA